AUGACCAGCGAUAACUCGUCCAGACACCAGAUCGAUUCUGAUUAUUGUCAGAUCAUGCACUAUCUGUUUUUCAACUCUAUUCAGUUGGCAAGAGUGAAGUUCAAUUCCAAUCAAGAGUGCAGCCACAUCCAUAACUACACGUUACUACAGAAAAGCUUCAAAAAAUUGAAGGUGGAUAAGGAAGUACCAGUCGAUCAAUUGAUUAGAGGACGUUUCCAAGAUAAUUUCGAGUUCCUGCAGUGGUUCAAGAAGUUCUACGACGUUAACUAUAGAGGUACCUGUCAUAAAAACAGUUAG